AUGCUGGUAGAGAAGUCUGGAAUUGCAACAGAAAUCGAGAGCCUUGGAAGUUCAGAGGCUGACAAGUACGUUUCCACGGGCAACAAGAACUUGGACUAUCUCCAUAAUUUUGACCAUGAAGCACAUCCCGAAGAGGUGACCAUGAAGCAGAUAACUAGGAAAUUGGACAUUAUGCUUGUAUUUCCUAUGUUGUUUGUGUACUUUUUGCAAUUCCUCGAUAAGGUUUCGUUAAAUUACUCUAAUGUCAUGGGUAUGCCCAAAGAUUUGAAAUUCCAAGGUAACCAGUUCUCCAACUUGGCCACUUACUUUUUCGUUGCAUACAUUGUUGGAGAAUUUUUUCAGGCAUUUCUCUUGCAGAAAUUUCCUGUCCAUUUGGUGUUGGGGUUCAACGUUGUUGUCUGGGGGAUUUGCACCAUGUGCUGCGCUGCAGUUCAGAACUAUCAUGGCAUGCUUGCCUUAAGAAUUCUUUUGGGUUUUGCAGAAGCAUCAGUAAUUCCCUGUCUUGUUCUUCUCACCACAAACUUUUACAACAGAUCCCAAGCCGCCUUCAGAAUCGGUAUUUUUUAUUCUGGUUUAGGUUUUGGUCAGAUCUUCGGAGGGUUGUUAUCCUAUCUUUUCCAGUUAGUUGAUAGCACUUUUGAGGGCUGGAGAAUAUUGUUCUUGGUAGUAGGACUCAUGAAUAUUGCAUGCGGGAUCUACGUUGUUUUUUUCGUUCCUUCCGAGCCUUUGACCACUAAGAAGCUUUCUCCCAAAGAGAAAUUUGUGCUUUUGGAAAAGUUGACCGAAGGAAAAAUUGGGGUUAAUGCCCAUAAAUUCAAGCCUCACCAAGUUAAGGAGAUGUUGCUUGACAUUCAAUGCUGGCUUUACUUGAUUAUCUCCGCAACCAUUUCGUUUUCCUCAAACACUAUCUCUUCUUUCUCGGCGAAAGAUAUCAUGUCAUUUGGCUUCACCUCCAGACAAGCAGCUUUGCUCAACAUGCCUUCUGGUGUAGUCAGCAUUAUGUCUUCUUGGAUCUCCACGUAUUUUAUCAUGAAAGGUACCACCAGAUACAUUGCCAUCUGUGUGCUUUUGCUUCCAGCAAUAUGUGGAGGUGCCUUGAUGUCAUACUUACCCAAAACCAACAAGGCAGGACUUUUGGUGGGAAUCUACAUGAUCAAUUGUAUUACAGCCCCAUUGGCUAUUGUAUACUCCUGGGCUUCUGCUAAUGUGGCUGGUUCCACAAAGAAGAUUGGAGUCACAUCGUUGUACAUCAGUAUCGGUUUUGCCAUUGGUAACAUCACUGGACCACAGUCUUACCGAGUCAAGGAUGCACCAUACUUUCAGCCGGCGAAGGUUUCAAUGUUAGCAACUCAAGCUGCCAGUUUUGGGUUAGCAUUGGUGAUUGCCAGCAUCUAUUACUUGAGAAAUAAGAGGAGAAACACUGAUACGUCCAUAUUGAACGAGGAGGAAAAAACAGAGAAUGUGUGGAACGAUUUGACCGACUUCGAGAACGAGUCUUUCAGAUACACCUACUAG